CUUCCAGGGGAGUCCAAAGUUCCAAGAUUGUUUAUCCAUGCAUCAUUUUGUCGAUCUACUAAGAUUAAAUUGUCUCGUUGUAGUUGCAAGACUGGAACAAUAGACGGCAGUUUACACCACCCAGUGACUUCCAUGCUGACGCGAUGAAUGAUUAUUUCAUUUCACAGGCAGUGAUAGAAAAUACCAGAGCAAAUGAUAUACACAAGCGAGUUCCCUUUUUAGUACCGUUUACUAGCAGGGUUAAGAUUUUCACUACACAACUAGCAGCAGCUAGGCAAAGGAAUGGAUCUCUUGCUGUUUUUGCCAGAAACCGGUUUAGAAUUCGACGAAAUCAUAUAUUGGAAGAUGCUUUCAGUCAGAUGAGUGCAUUGUCUGAAGUUGAUCUUCAAGGAUCGGUAAUUUCAGACUUCCAUGAUUUAUGAAAAAUGAAAUUGUUAUCUUACUUUUUUCUAUCUUUUUCUUUGCCCUCGUGAAAACGACCCCUUCCCUCUUCUGCAUCCUAUAGUUGCAGAGUUACUUGUAAUUGUUUAUUAGUUUUUUCUUGUUUGUGUUGGGUCAAUUGCUUCACUUUUCUGCAUGCAGAUAC